CUCCCUCCCCCCACACCCUCUCAGUCAGUCUCAGCGCCCAAGCCUCCGCGACGCGACCAGGCUCAGGCCCGGACGCCAGGACCCAAACGCAACUCACCCGGGGCUGCUCGCCCGAAGGUCGGGGAGGCGAUGGGGUGGGGGUGGGAGACACCUCCGAGAAGGUCCGCCCCCUGCCCUGCUGGGCCGACGAGAGGCGGAGCCUAGAGGGGGUGGCCCCCGGCGUGGGGAUAAGAGUGCGGGGCAGGCGGGUCACCCCCCCUCCGUGGUGGCGGGCAAAGGCCCCGAUGUCGCUCGCGCUGCUGAGCCUGGCCACGCUGUGCUGGGGCGCCGUGACCCCGGAGCCGAUGAUCCAGUGUGGCCCUGAAAAUGGACCAUCUCCAGAGUGGAUGGUCCCACACCCUCUGAUCCCAGGGGAAUUGAAGGACCUCCAAGUGGAACCUGUGAGAAGCAAUGUGGCAAUGGAGGACUAUUUGAUUUUGAUGAAUAUAAGCUGGACACUCCGAGCAGAUGCAAGCAUCUUCGUUCUGAAGGCUACCAAGAUAUGCGUGACAGGCCUCAAUAACUUCCGGUCCUCCAGCUGUGUGAGGUGCAACUACACGGAGGCCUUCCAGACUCAGACCAGAUCCUCCGGCGUCAGGUGGGUGUUUUCCUAUACAGGCUUUCCUGUAGAGCUGAACACACUCUAUUACAUCGGAGCCCAUAACAUCCCCAGCGCAGAUACGAAUGAAGACAGUCCUUCCAUGUCUGUGAAUUUCACAUCACCAGGUUGCCUAGACCACAUAAUGAAAUACAAAAGAAAGUGCAUCAGAGACGGUAGUCUGUGGGACCCCAGCAUCACUGCAUGCAAGAAGAAUGAGAAGACAGUGGAAGUGAACUUCACUACCAGCUCCUUGGGAAGCAGAUACAUGGCUUUCAUUUACAAUGGCACUGUCAUCGGACAUUCUUCUGUGGAGUUGCACCAGAGCAACUUGACUCGGACUUCCUUAGUGAUUCCAGUGACUGGUGAAAGCCAAGGCGCCAUGGUGCAGCUGAUUCCGUAUUUCCACACUUGUCAAAAUGACUGCAUUCGACGAAAAGCAACAGUUGUGCUUUGUCCCCAACCACCUGUUCCUGUCCCUCUGGAGAACAGAAAAGGCUGGCUGCCUUUCCUUCUCCCAUGUCUGCUGGUGGCCAUCUGGGUGUUGGUGAUUGGAAUCUACCUAGCAUGGAGGCAUGAAAGGAUCAAGAAGAUGUCCUUUCCUGCCACCACACUGCUGCCCCUCUCUAAGGUCCUCGUGGUUUACCCACCAGAGAUAUGCUUCCACCAUACAGUCUGCUACUUCACUGCCUUUCUUCAAAACCACUGCAGAAGUGAGGUGAUAAUUGAACCAUGGCAGAAAAAGAAAAUAGCUGAGUUGGGUCCAGUGCAGUGGCUAACUGCUCAGAAGAAAGCGUCAGAUAAAGUGAUCUUCCUUCUUUCCAAUGAUGCCAGUGCUGAGUGUGACGGCAUCUGUGGCAAGAGCAAGGACAGUCCUGGCGACAGCUCCCAAGACCUAUUUCCCCUGGCCUUUAACCUCUUCUGCAGUGAUCUUAGGAGCCAGGCUCUUUGGCAGAAAUACAUGGUCGUCUAUUUCAGAGAAGCUGAUACCAAGGAUGAUUACAGUGCGCUCAGUGUCUGCCCCAAGUACCAUCUCAUGAAGGAGGCUACUGCUUUCUGCACAGAACUUCUCCGAGUUGGGCAACAGGCUUCCAAGGGAAAAAGACGACCAACCUGCCACAAAAGCUGCUCCCUGUAGGGGCAGCCGAGCAGCAGGAGACCCAGAAACCUUUCCAUUCCUCCAAUUGCAAAAACACAUCACUAAAGAUGGUGAAGGUUAAGAGCUAUUCAGUAUUUGUAGGGACAACUGAUACACACCUACUUUAGCAACAGGACUAGAAAGUAUUCUUAACUGAGUAUGUAUCCUUUAGCCUAGUUAAAAAAAAAAUAAACCAAUAAGUUUCUUACGAAUGUCACUAACUACUAUAGCAUUAACAGAAACUAAAAAAUGUUAACUCUAGAGCUAAAAUUGAGACAUGGGGCCAGGAGAUAGCUCACUUAGUAGAGUGCUCACUUUACCAUGUGAGAAGACCUGGGUUUGCACCUCCACUGCCAUGUGGGAGCACCACAAACAAGGGGAAGCUUCACAAGUAGUGAAGCAGUACUGGAGUAUCUCUCCCUGUCUUCCUCACUUUUUUUUUUUUAAUAUUUUAUUUUAUUUAUUUAUUCCCUUUUGUUGCCCUUGUUGUUUUUUUUUUAUUGUUGUAAUUAUUAUUAUUGUUGUCAUCAUUGUUGGAUAGGACAGAGAGUAAUGGAGAGAGAAGGGGAAGACAGAGAGGAGGAGAGAAAGAUAGACACCUGCAGACCUGCUUCACCGCCUGUGAAGCGAUUCCCCUGCAGGUGGGGAGCCGGGGUUCGAACCGGGAUCCUUAUGCCGGUUCAUGUGCUUUGCGCCACCUGCACUUAACCCGCUGCGCUACAGCCCGACUCCCCCUCACUUUUUUUUUUAAAUUUUUUAUUAGAGCACUGCUCAGCUCUGGUUUAUGGUGGUAUGGGGGACUAAACCUGGGACUUUGGAGCCUCAGGCGUAACCAUUUGCAUAACCAUUAUGCUAUACCCUGUCCCGUUUUUUUUUUUUUUUUUUUUU